AUGAACACUGUUCUCUACAGGGACAGCCAGGUGCGGAUAAUGGAGAGCACGGUGACCAACGCCGAGAAGCACUUCGGCCAGUUCUGCUCGCUGCUGGCUGCCUACACCCGGAAGACAGCCGGGCUGCGGGACGCGGCCGACCGGCUCGUGCUGCAGCUCCUCGACUUCGCCAGCACCGAGGGCCCCGAGAUGCGGGCCACCCUGAGGGACUUUGCGGAGGACCUGGCCAAAGUGCAGGAUUACCGGCAGGCCCAGGUCGAGAGGCUGGAGGUCAAGGUGGUCAACCCCCUGAAACUCUACGGGGCGCAGAUAAAGCAGACGCGGGCCGAGAUCAAGAAAUUCAAACGUGUCCGGAAUAAUGAGAUCAAACAGCUGGAAAAGCUGGAGAAACUAAGGCAGAAGUCGCCUUGGGAUAGGCAAACGAUCUCCCAGGUGGAGACCAGUGUGCAGAAGGCCUCGGGGGACACCGGCCGCACCACCCACCAGCUGGAGGAGACGGUGGACGCCUUCCAGAAGCAGAAGCUGAAGGACCUGCAGAAAAUGCUUUCGGACUUUGUGACCGUUGAGCUGGUGUUCCACGCCAAAGCGGUGGAGGUGUACUCCAGUGCUUUCCAGACCCUGGAGGACUGCGACCUGGAGAGGGACCUGGAGGAUUUUAGAGCCAAGAUGCGCGGAGUUUACGGCCGUUAUGAUGCACGGCUACUCACGGACACCACCCCCUCUACGGCUGUUCCGUGGUCUCUCCCUGGCCAGAGUGCUCAGAGCGCCAUCCGGAGCCAGAGAAAAGAAGAGGAGGCAAGUGAGGACGACUCUGCAGAGGAGGACCCAGAGGACCCAGAGGAGGGCCCCAGGGGAUGGGGCAGGCGCUCCACCAGCAGGACCAGAGCGCCCCAGUCAGAACACUAGGGGCCAACCCUGGGUGCCUGGGGGACCCUGUUGUGUGCCCUCGGCAAGUUACGUGUUCUCUGAGCUUCUGUACAACAGGGACAAUCUCACUCACCUCCCAGGUCGCCCUGGGGCUCCACGCGCCUAGCGUGUGCCUGGUG